AUGGAUACUUCAGCGGAACACAUGGGCUCUCCUUCUGGGGCUCACGACCUCUUUGACUAUGAUCUAGGGCUUGACGACAUCCUGGAAGAGAACGAUACCGCUCCUACCGAUGCUUCUAAGCCUACGGGAGAUCUCAAUUCGCUUGGCCUUGAUGAGGAAGUCAAGGUGACGAAAAAGCGUCAGCCAGUAGCAAAGCUCGAUGAGGGACGACUACUAUCCCAGUCAGGCAUUCCUAAACUCCGACAGACAGCAAAACAAAAGCUCCGAUUCAAGGGCAAAGGCCAUGAGUUUUCAGAUGCUGCGCGCUUGUUGAACUUCUACCAAUUAUGGCUUGAUGACUUAUUUCCCCGUGCAAAGUUUGCGGAUGGGCUAGCAAUGGUCGAAAAGCUGGGACACACGAAGCGUAUCCAAACAAUGAGACGGGAAUGGAUUGACGAGGAGAAACGCAAGAUCUUUGAGGAUUCCGAACCCCUACGAGAAGACCCCAUGGAGUAUGAACUUCCAACUCGAUCAGCCGACGAUGACAACGGUAUAGACCGUGGAAUAGCGGAUUCUUCAGAACUGAAAGCAGCCUCUGAAAGAACAGGCGAAGCUGAUCCAGAUCUUUUUGUCUCCGACCCAGAGGCAGCGAUGCAAGCGGGAACAAACCACCCGGAAGCCGAUGGUGAUGAUUUGGAAGAUCUCCUUCGAGAGCAAGAGCAAGAUGGCAUCGGGCCCGGCGAUCCUAGGCCAAAAGGGUCGAGUACCUUUCCUGAUGAAUUUGAUGCUGAGUAUGAAGUUAUGAAUGAUCUUGGGAUGUAG